GCCAAGAAGAAUACGACACAGAGUUUGUGCCACAGGGUGAUGAAAGUCUACCGUGGAGGCAAUCCCGCAGCAAAUCACAGACUCCGGCCACGCCCUGGAGACGUGUGUCGCAGGAUCGACGAACAUCCCGUGACCGUUCGCAAUCCAUAGAUAAACGUGAGGAAAUAAAACCAUGGACCGAGCAGGUUGUAAAACUCAAGAAAACAACCAAAGACGUCAAAAAGGUGGAAAAGGAAAAGCUGGAAACUGUACAGCUGAAACCAGCGCAAAUCCAAAAGUCCCAAAUACAGAAGGAACAGCUGGAGAAGGUAGAAUUACGUGCCUUCAAGAAAGAUCAACAAACUACGGAGAUUACGGAGCAAAAGAUGGAAGAAAUGGUGGAAGCCAUCAUAAAAGAAGAUGAAAAUGUUGAAUAUGGAGUUCAAAAGCUACGACAUGACGAGGAUAUCUCAAUUCUAGAAAUCACGCAACAAGUAGACGAACUGAUGCGCAAGGAAACAGAAAAGGGUGUCCCUUGGAAGCGUGGAAAGGUAACCGAUGAAGAGCAAAUUGGCAAACAACAGUUUCAAGAAACAGAUGAAACCACAUUGCUAAAAGUGGAUCAAACCGUCGAAGAUGAAACAAUCGAAAAACAGAAAUUGGAAUUAUCAGUCGACCAACAAUCAGGCGUAGCCUGGCGACGAGGCAAGAAAACCGAGCCCUUCAAAGAAACCGAAGACUCCGCUCGACUUAAAGUCGAUCAAACCGAGGAGCAGCAAGUACAAGCACAAGAGCAACCUGUGGCAUGGAAACGAGGUCCCAAAAAGCCACAAAUAGAACAAGUUGUCGAUACUGAGGAGACAUCUCGCUUGACGAUAGAUGAAACUGAGCAGCAAGAGGUUAUUCAGUCAGCUGAAGAACAACCGGUCACAUGGAGACGUGGACCGAAGAAAUCAACACCAGAAGAACCAAAACCAGAAGAACAGAAGCCUGAGGAACCUCAACUACCGCCUUGGAUGCGUGGAAGAAAACCUGGACCAAAACGUGAAAUUCCCAAACCACCAGAGCCGGAAAAGGUCGAACAAAUAGCACUGAAGCCUACUCGUAGGCAAAAGAAGGAAAUACCAAAGGAAUCCAUAGAAGAAGUAUCUCUGAAGCCAGUCCCCAAGAAGCCAAUUGUUGAAGAAGUGAAGCCUGAAGAUUUUGAAUCUGUGGAAAUUGAGCCGUACAAGCCAGAUAAACUGAAGGAACUAACUCCUCGCGAAGAACUGGAACAGUUGGAACAAAUUCAGUUUGAAGACAAGCCUAAACCCGUAGAACCAUUGCCUGAAGAACCGGUCAAAAAACCCGAGGAAGCACCAAAGGAAGCUGAACCAAUACCAGAACAACCAACCUGGCGUCGUACUCGUAAGGAUAAACCAAAGGAAGAGGUACCCGAAGAGAAACAAUGGCCUACUGGUAAGAGGCGACCACUUCCAACGGAACCUAAGGAAGAAGUAGUGCUCAAGCCUAUUCCCAAGCCUCAAAAAGAGACAGAACCACUCCCCGAAAAGGAUCUUACAAUCAAACCAAAACCACUUCCAGAGUUGCCAGACAAACCCGACAAGGAAACUGAAAUUUCAUUCAAGCCACUGCCGGAGCAACCCAUCGAAAUCGUGCCAGUGGAAGAAUCUCCUGCGCAACCAGCAGAGGACGAUGAAUCUCACUUGCCACCAUGGAGGCGAGGUAAAAAAGCGGCACCCAAACGUGAAAUUCCACCACCAGAGCCCGAAGUGAUCGAGAAGGUAACUCUGAAGCCUACUCCUCGUCAGAAAAAGGAAAUCAGUAAAGAAUCUCUAGAGGAAGUUUCGUUGAAACCAGUUCCAAAGAAAGCUGAAGUCAAGGAAGCUUCUCCAGAGGAAGAGCAAGUUGAAGAACUUAAGCGAGCCCCUGUGAAAAAGCCUCGCGAAAUCAGUCCUAAGGAAGAGCUUGAAAGAUUGGAACCUCUUCGAGCAGAACCAAUUGAACAGCCGGAAGUACAAGAAGAUGUACAACUUGCCGCUCCCAUUGAAUCAGAACCUGCUGAACCUAUGGUUGAACCAGAGCAACCCACUUGGAGACGUACAAAGAAACCAAAACCAGUGGAAGAAGAACCUGAAGAGAAGAAAUGGCCAACUGGUAAACGAAAGCCUCUUCCAGAGCAGCCUAAGGAAGAAAUCAUUUUGAAACCAAUCCCCAAGAAGGAUAAGGUAGACGAACCGAAGCCUGCAGAUGAACCAUCCAUUGAACCUACUCCCAUCCCGGAAAUCGUGGAUGAACCAAAAGAAGAAGAAGUUACCAUUGAGCCACUGGUAGUAGAAGAUGACUCCCAUUUGCCACCAUGGCGACGUGGAAAGAAACCGGUUCCUAAGCGAGAAAUACCGAAACCAGCCGAACCCGAAGCCAUGGAACAGAUCAAGUUAAAACCUACUUCGAGGGUGAAGAAGGAUCUGCCCAAAGAAGCACUUGAAGAGGUUACACUGAAACCAGUUCCAAAGCAACCAGAGGUCAUCGAAGCGGAAGUUUUCGAGCCUGAAGUUAUGGAAGUUAAGGAAGUUGAAAUCACAAAGCCGAAAAAAACCAAGCAAAAACGAAUUAUUGAACCUUUGGAGAAGCCAGCUUAUCCGGAAAUUCCGGAGCCAGAGCCUGUCGUUUUGGAUGAAGUGGAAAAGGUGCCGGAAGAGGUUGUAAAGCCAGAAGAACCCACACCCGAACAGCCGUCCUGGCGUAGAACGGAAAAGCCAGAACCGGUGGUUCAAGAACCGGAGGAGAAAAAGUGGCCAACCGGAAAACGUCGUCCAUUGCCAGAAGAACCAAAAGAGGAAGUUGUUUUGAAGCCUAUACCCAAGCCGCAGAAAGAAGAAGAACCGAAACCAGUAGAAGAGCCUAGAAUUAAACCUAAACCGACCCCAGAAGAGCCAGAAAAACCCGAACCAACGCCCUGGCGACGAGGCAAGAAAGAAAAACCAGCAGAAGAACCUGAGGAUACCAAGGAAUGGCCUAAAGGCAAACGACGUCCACUCGAAGAAGCUCCCAAAGAGGAAGUGGUACUGAAACCAAUUCCUAAGCCGAAGAAAGAGGAAGAGCCUUUACCAGUGGAAGAGCCUGCAAUCAAGCUCAAACCGGUCCCAACUCCAGAAGAGCCUGAAAAGCCUGAACCAACGCCUUGGCGACGUGGAAAGAAGGAAAAACCCGUCGAAGAACCUGAAGAAGUCAAGGAAUGGCCCAAAGGCAAACGGCGUCCUCUAGAAGAGGAACCAAAGGAAGAGGUUAUCCUCAAACCAAUUCCCAAACCGCAGAAAGAAGAGCUACCUGAACCAGUAGAAGAACCAAAACUGAAGCCCAAACCGGUUCCAACUCCAGAAGAGCCGGAAAAACCUGAACCAACACCCUGGCGACGUGGUAAAAAGGAAAAACCUUCCGAAGAACCCGAAGAGGUCAAGGAAUGGCCUAAAGGUAAACGGCACCCAUUGGAGGAACAACCAAAGGAAGAGGUUAUCCUCAAACCAAUCCCCAAACCACAGAAAGAAGAGGAACCUAAGCCAGUAGAAGAGCCUAAACUCAAACCUAAACCGGUCCCAACUCAAGAAGAGCCGGAAAAACCGGAGCCAACACCCUGGAAACGGGGUCAAAAGGAAAAACCUGUGGAAGAACCUGAAGACGUCAAGGAAUGGCCCAAGGGCAAACGGCGUCCAUUGGAGGAACAACCCAAGGAAGAAAUUACAUUGAAACCCAUUCCAAAAGCCACAAAAGAGGAAGAACCUCAAAAACCAGAACCGGUUGAACUGGAGCCCGUAGAGAAACCGGCACCGACUCCCUGGCGUCGGGGAAAACCGAAGGAAAAACCUCAAGAGCCAGAACCCAUGGAGGAAAUUAAGCUGAAACCAACACCAAAACGUGCUCCAGUACAGGAGGAAGCAAAGGAGGAAGUGGUUUUGAAACCGGUACCCAAACAAGAAGCUAUUGUUGAAGAUAUUCCAAAGGCGGUUGAGCUGAAGCCAAUUGAAGACAAAAAGGAACCAGUGGAGAUUCGCGUUGAAAUUGAAGAACAAAUUGUUACCAAAACGAAGCGGCGAGUGAAGAGACCGAAAAAACCUCAGGAACAGUUUGCAACCGAAAGUGUCGCUCCCAUGGAGGAGGUUGAAUCAUUCGACGAAGACGAAGAGCUACCACAUGUGGCCGAGACUGUCGCUGAAAUUGUACCAGAAGAAGUGUUGGAGCUCAUUCCGGAGGAAGUACCUUUGGAAAAACCGAAGAAACGAAAAUCGAGAACCAAUAAGCACGUGGUGUUCAAAGAGGAACUUAGCACGUACGAAAUUCAACCGGAGGUUGUUCAAGAUGAAGAGGAAGAAGAAGAGGAGGAAGAGAUUCAACAGGAAGUGUCGCAGAAAACGAUUCAACUGAAACCCACGGAGGUGACAGAAGUGAAGCCACAGCCAGUCGAAUCGAUUCCAAUUCAAGAAAUUGUGGAAGAACAAUCAGAGUUCCGAAAAGAAAUGGAAGUUAAGAUCCAGUCGAACAUUGUUAAGAAGGAAAAGCGGCGAGUAUUUGUUGAUGAUAGUCAGCCUCUGCCAGAGUUGGAAAUAAUUACACAGAAACGGGUUCAAGAAGUAACCGACAAGGUUGCGGAAGAAAACGUCCGUGAAGAGCAGCAUAUUCUGGAAAGUGUACAGCAAACAAUCGCUGAAACCAAGAUUCAAGAGCAAAAGAUUAAGAUAAAGAAACAGAAAGUUCAACCACCGAACUUCAUUGAGAAACUACAACCUCAAAUUUGUGAGCCGAAUCAACCGGUUCUGUUGCAGUGCAAGAUCGAAGGAAUUCCAUUCCCAGCAGUCCAGUGGUAUUUCAAUGAUACCGUCUUGUUUGCCAAUCCAGAGUACAUAAUGAACAUUGUAGAAGAUGUGGCAACACUGGAGAUUGCUACCGUGAUGCCAUACCAUGUGGGAGUGUACACGUGUGAGGCGAAGAACGUCGCUGGCAUUGCGCUCAGUAAAGCGAACAUCGUGGUUCAGGCGAAACCAGAAGUGGGGGAAGCGCCGACAUUUAUCACUCCGCUGAAGAUAUCUGUCAACGAGGAUAAGUCAGUUGCAACCGUAACUUGUCAAGUUCAUGGAAUUCCCAAGCCUAAGGUCCGGUAUUUCCGAGAUGAGGAGGAAAUCGUCGAAAUUGAAGAAAUCGAGACCGUUUAUAUUGAAGAGACGGGGCAGGUCAGGUUGACAGUGAAGAAGCCAAAGCAAAAUGUCCCAGUUGUGUACACCAUUCAAGCGGAGAAUAAGUUUGGAAAAGCGGUAGGAAAGGCUAAUCUUUUCAUUCAAUCCAUAAUUAUUGAAAAACCAAAGGUUGAAAUGAUCGCUCCUAAGAUCGUGGAACCGUUGCAAGCUCAAGUGGUCAAGACCGGAUCGACAUUGGUGUUCGAGUGCCGGUUCACGGGAAUGCCUAAGCCAACUGUCAAAUGGUUCCGCAACAGUAAGGAAGUUGUGGAAGAAGAAGAAGUGACCAUAGUCACUGAGGAGUAUUACAGCAAGAUUGUCAUCACAAGGAUGACUAAGAAACGCACAGGAAAGUACGAAAUUGUGGUGUUCAAUGAGGCGGGCGAGGCAAAAUCUUCGGCCUCCGUUGCCAUUUCGGACACAUCAGAAAUGGACGAAGCCAAGGCUCCCAGGUUCGUAGAACCGUUGACGCCGAAGUUGGUCGCAGAAGCCGAAGUCUGUAUCUUGGAAGCGCUGGUGGAUUCAUAUCCGACAUCUACGUUCCAGUGGUUCCGAGAAGGUGCUGCCAUCAAAUCAUCCAACGAACUGCGCAUAGUCACCGACGAAAACAAGUCCAUCUUGAUUAUUGAGUCGUUCAAUAGACGAGAUGUGGGUGCGUAUACGUGCCGGGCGGAAAAUGUGGCGGGUUCCGUAACAUCAACAGCCACCGUACAGGUGCUGGAAACGAUUGAAACCGAAGAGGUUACCGAAUAUAUAUCACCACGUUUUAUCGAACCGAUAAAACCAACGCGUGUUAUGGACGGCGAGAAAUUGAUUUUGGCAUGCCAAGUUCAGGCAGCGCCUCUACCGAAAGUUCAGUGGUAUCACAACGAGCAGCUGAUUGUCGAAACGAAAGAUAAGGUCUUCCAACAAGACAGCAGUGGCCGCUGCGUGUUGACCGUUUCAGAGGUAUUCCCAGAGGACACGGGUGAGUAUUCUUGCGUGGCCAGCAACAAGCUUGGCGAAGCAAUUUGCAAGACUACAGUGAACGUCGAACCGUUUGAGUAUGUUCCCGAUUCGGAACAAUUCCGCAGCUCCGAAGAGGAUUUGUUGACCGACAAGUCUAUCUCAACAUUGGAGGAAUAUGCCGAACCGAUUGAGUAUGCUCCGCAGAUUGUGAAGCAGCUUCCCGAGGUGAUUAUGUCCGAAGAGCGUCAGCUGACCAAGCUAGAGGUGAAAGUAUUAGCACAACCGAAGGCACAGAUUCGUUGGCUAAAGGCCAACGAAGAAAUCAUACCGUCCGAAGAGUUCCAGAUUGAGAACUUUGAGGACGGCACUUCGAUCUUGGUCAUCAACGACAUCUAUCCGGAUGACUCCGGUACUAUUACGUUCGAAGCGCACAACGCGCUAGGGGUUGCCACGACUACUACAGAGCUUGUAGUGGAAGAACACGUCGGAUCCAAGGCCUACAGAAAGCCAGAAUGGGUGACCUACAUGGAAGAGAUGAAGGAGGCAUUACAAGCUGCUUACGCAAUACCGUCUUUCUCGUUGGAGAUCAAGGAUUCCCGUGCUAUGCUGGGUGAGAGAGGAUACUUCGAGUGUCACUUUGCAGGCAACCCCAAGCCAGAUAUUCUGUGGUAUCGUAAUGGUAAGAUUGUAAUCGGAAAUGAGCGCGCCAGAAUUCGCACCGAGGAACACUUGGCCACGCUGACUAUCUACCCGGUUGAGGUCGAAGACUUUGGGUUCUACAAGUGCCGCGCGAUGAGCGAAGCCGGUUCGUGCGAAUCGUACGCCAAGUUGAUCGAAUCGACGACAGAAACGAUGACCGAAGAGGAAAGAACGGAAUUGGAUGCGCAGUACGAAAUUAAGCGUGCCGUUCGGAACGGAAACGGCCGGUCCAAGGUCGAAAAGGUCGAGGUCGUGAUUGAAGAAUCGGAGGAAGUGCUGCGCAAAAAAGCGGAGCGGAAGAGUUUACGCGAAUCGAAGAGAAAACAGAAGGAAACGCUGAUGGUGGAAGAGAUCGUGCAAAAGGAGCUGGAAAGUUCUGUACACGAGAAAGUGAAGUUCUCGCAAGAGUCAUCCGCAACUCUGACGACGAGUACCACUUCUGAACUGACGCAGGAUAUCAAAAUAGCAAAGGACAAGGCUACCGUCAAGUUCAAAGAGCACCGUGAGACAUUGAUCGAAGAAGUUGUCACAACCGAGACAGUUAAAGAAUUCGAGCGCAUGGUGAUCACCGAGAAGUUGGAUGUUUCCGAUGUGGAAAGUGUCAAGCAUUCUGUCCAAGUUAAUGAAAUUUUGACGAAUUUGAAGGCGGCGGACUUUGGCCCCGGUGAGGCACCAUUACGGGAGCUGGCAACUAUUGCCUAUAUGGUGAAGCAUGGUGUCGCUGUCAGCGAGAUUAGCAGCUUCUACCAAUCGGAUCACUUCCCGGCGCUGAAAACACCGGAGUCACAGUCGGCCUUGGUGCUGCUAUUGGAACGCGAAGGCUACGCCAGUAUUGUGACCGAGAUCCUCACAGAGACCGACAUGGAUGAAACGCAGCUGGCCGCAACUGCCGGCUUCCGUGCAUUUAUGCGUAUGAUCGAGCUGAACCACGCCAGUGUUGAGGAGAUCAUCACCCACUUCUCGCCGGAGGACUUCUUCAUGCACGAAUGGAAACUGGAACAGGCGGAUGAGAAAUUCGAAGAAACUCGACUUGUCUCAUCGACUGAAGUCCGCACAACUGAAACCACCGUGAUGACGAAGAAGGAGCUGGACAUCAAAGGUUUGAAAUCCUAACUUUCCUACCGCAACGCGUUCGUAUGAGCUUCCUGCUUCUCUAUAUCCUAAUAUAUUUCUACUACUACUCCUUAAUCAAAACCGCUCUCACAGUUGUAUCUUUUCUUUUUGAUCGAAAAUGUUUCUUCAUCGAUUGUAUUCCCACUACUCUUACUGACCACUAUUGACGAACCAGAAACCUAGAGUUCUUGAAACGAGUUGUUUUAGCGCUUAUUUGCUUAAAAUUGAAACGCUAUAAAAUAUGUUGAUGCACAACGAUUGAACCACUAGGCUAAGUCGAAUCUGAAUAAAACGCUUUAGUAUUUUA